AGCACCACACCUCCUCUGCUUUGAGCCUGGGAGGUUGUCUGUCUCUUUCUGUCAACCCGAUCCCCCUUUACUCAGUAUCCCUCUCUGUGCAUCUCUUAUCAGUGAUUUUAUCACUGCCUUGUUCAGCUACCUUCCUGCGGGAGGAGCUGGAAAAGCCAGCAAGUGGAAUUUAUUAGGAGGAUAAUGACCAAAGGUUCAGCUUGCAGUCAUUUUACAUAAGUGAUAUUAUUUGUUCUUCACUAACAAAUACAGUGGAGUACAGCUACUUCAGCUCAGGGUGACCGCAUUGUUUCUCUGAAGAUGAGGCAAUAUCGGUUGCUACCGCUAUGUGCCCUCCUGGGUGUCCUGUUUGCAGGACUCCUUCCUAAACUUGAUGCUCAGGAAGCCCGUGAUAUUUCUAAAGAUUGUGCGCAAGGGUUUCCAGCUGAUAUGUACUUUCUAGUGGAUUCAUCCUGGAGUAUGGGAGAAGAGAACUUUGACCAUGUCAGGAGGUUUCUGUACAGCUUGAUACAAUCACUGCACCAGGUUGGCGGGGACAGGUUUAAAUUUGCCCUUGUGCAGUAUAAUAACAGGCCUGAAACUGAGUUCCAGCUCAACACCUACCCAACAACACAGGGAGUCCUGGCACACAUCAAAGCAAUGCCCUAUCGCGGUGGGGGUACCCGGACGGGCCUGGGCCUAGAAUUCUUAACGCGCACUCACCUGACCACUGCUUCGGGCAGCCGUGCUGUUGAAGGGGUGGCUCAGGUGGUGGUAGUGCUAACAGAUGGGCGCUCCCAGGAUGACGCUUCUGAGCCAGCUCAGGUGCUGCAGAUGGCGGGCGUGGAGGUGUUUGCAGUCGGAGUUCAGAAUGCAGUGGACUUGGAACUCAGAGAGAUGGCUAGCCGGCCCUAUGAAAGUCAUGUAUUCAGUAUAGACUCUUUCCUGACCUUGCGGGAUAUAAUCCAAGAUUUAGUAGUGGGGCUUUGCAGCACAGUGGGCCAGCCUGGGGGUGCUUCUGUGGCAAAUGAGUCCCCUGUGACUGGAGGAGGGACAGAACAAGAUUCAGCUGACCUAGUAUUCUUAAUUGAUGGAUCAGAGAACGUUGGAGCACCAAACUUCCCCGCUGUACUUGAUUUGGUUUUGAGAAUCAUUGAACGCCUUGAUGUGGGCAGGAACACUGUUCGGGUAGCCUUGGCCCUGUACAACACCGACCCCCAGAUAAAGUUCUAUCUAAAUAGAUAUGACAGCAAAUCAAGAGUCCUGGAAGCUGUGAAGGGCCUCACCUUCUCGGGGGGUGACGAAUCUAACCUCGGCUCUGCCUUGGAGGAAGUGGCUGAAAGCCUUUUGAGUGAAACAGCUGGGGGCAGGGCAGAAGAAGGCGUUCCCCAGAUAUUGGUGGUAAUCAGCGCGGGGCAGUCAACUGAUGAUACUGGUGCUGGUACCCGGGCCCUUAAAAUGGCUGGAGUUGUCACAUUAGGUGUGGCAAUUGGUGACAUCGCCACCACAGAUCUGGAAGCGGUUGCUACAGACAAAAGUUUUGUCAUAUUAGCCCCUAAUUUCAGAGCAGUGGCAAACAUGGUUGACCAGCUGUUACAUUACAUUAAUGGCGUGAUCCAGCGCAACCUUUUAUUUGAGAAUGAGUUCACAGAAGUCUUGGAGGUGGGGAAACGAGACAUCAUUUUCCUAAUCGACAGUACAAUGGGUGCAACAGUCAUCAGUUCUCUACGUGAAUUCAUCAAGCAGUUUGUUGAAACCAGGCCUAUUGGCCCAGAUAAGGUCCAAAUUGGUGUGGCACAGUUUGGCAAUACUCCUCGAGUUGUGAUGGACCUAAAUUCCCAUGGAUCCAGGGAAGAAUUGGUUGCUGCCUUGCCUACUCUCAGACCAAGACCAGGAUCGACAGUCAAUAUUGGAGCAGCCUUGGACUUUGUGAGGAUGAAUAUGCUGCAGCCUGCAAAGGGCAGUCGUAUUCAACAGCGGGUACCCCAGCUUUUGAUGUUGUUCACCAGUAAAUCUUCCAGUGACAGUGUUGAGGAACCUGCCAAGGCUCUGCAUCGUAUGGGGGUACUGACUCUGGCUGCAGGCUCCAGAGGGGUUGAUGUGAACCAGAUGAAGCAGAUUGCCUUUGUUGAGCGUGUAGUUUUCAUGACAAAGGAUUUACGUGCACUAACUCGUAAUCCAAGAGAAAUUCUAGAUGCACUCACCACUCUAGCUGGGGAAGUGACAGAAGUUCCCACUGAAUCAGAGGUAGAGAUCACAACGGUACAGACUCAAAAAGUGGUCAGAGACAUUGUAUUUCUGGUGGAUGGCUCCAACUACAUUGGCAGGAGUAAUUUCCCCUAUAUAAGAGAUUUCAUGAUUAAUGUGGUCAACCAGCUGGAGAUCCGCCCUGACAGGGUCCAGAUUGGUCUAUUGCAGUUUGCUGAGACACCAAAAGUGGAAUUCUAUUUGAACAACUACAGCAACAGGCAAGAUGUUGUGAAUAAAAUCUAUCAACUCAGACUGACUGGAGGCUCAGUUCUGAAUACAGGAGCUGCUAUGAACUACGCCCUCUCCACAAUGUUCCAACCAUCAACAGGAUCUCGCAGGCGGCAGGGAGUCCAGCAAGUUUUAGUUCUGAUUACAGGUGGUCCAUCCCAGGAUGAAGUUAAAAGAGUAGCUGAUCAAUUAGCACUUGAAGGAGUUUUAACAUUCACAGUCAGUUCUGGGCAAGCUGAUGAAGAACUCCUUAAAACUGCAGCCUUUGUUCCAGAUUUAGCUUACCAUGAAACAAGUUUCUCUGAUUUACCGGCCAUGGCUGAAACAAUCAUGCCGAAAUUAAUAACAGUGGUUGGGGAUACUGAUGUAACAGCUGGUGUUCCAAAAAUCGAAAGGGACGUUGCCUUCUUGAUUGAUGGAACAGACAACGUUAGGGAAGGUUUUGCCGCCAUCAGAGAUUUCAUAAUUAAAAUAAUUGAACCACUUAAUAUUGGGAAUGACAUGGUACAAAUUUCAGUGGUCCAACACAGUGAGAGGCCAACUCCAAGUUUCUAUCUGAACACUUAUCAAACCAAAGAUGAAGUCAUAAGAGCUAUCAACGCGAUGACACCAGCUGGUGGACAAACUCUAAACACAGGAGCUGCUUUAACCUAUAUGAAGAACACCAUCCUGUCCGGAAGGCAUGGUAGUCGAGCUGCACAAAAUGUCCCUCAGUUUCUAAUAGUUUUGACUGCAAGUAGGUCCAGAGACAAUGUAAGGGAACCUGCCGGUGCGCUGAAGACUGAGGGAGUCGUACCAUUUGGUGUUGGUGUCAAGGAUGCAGAUCCAAAGCAGAUUGAGGCCAUUUCACAUAAUCCUUCCUUUGCCUUCAAUGUAAAGGAAUUCAGCGAGCUUAGCACCAUACCACAAAGACUCAACAACUAUGUAAGCCUUCCAAGUGAACAUCUUACUGAAGUUCUGGAGAAAGUACAAAGUGAUGCUCCAAAAAGAGAUAUUGUGUUUCUACUGGAUGGUUCUGAUAACACAAUAAAUGGAUUCCCAGAGAUAAAACUCUUUAUGAAGAGCAUAGUGGAGAGUCUCUUUGUCAGUGACAUCAAAGACCGGGUGUCUGUAGUUCAGUUUGCAGAUAACUCUGAGGUCAACUUUUAUCUAAACUCUCACCAGACAAAAACAGACAUCAUGAAUGCCAUGGACAAUAUAAGGCACAAGGGUGGAAGUAGCAUUAACAUUGGGGGUGCACUCCAGUUUGUGAGGCACAGUGUCUUCACUUCCUCAACGGGCAGCAGAAGACUAGAAGGAGUUCCCCAGAUUUUAAUUCUACUAAGUAGCAAACCUUCCACUGAUAAUGUAAGAGGUCCAGCUUUUGCUCUUAAAGAACAUGAAAUUAUAUCAGUGGGAGUUGGAAUUGGAGAUGCUGAACUUUCAGAGCUGGAAAUGGUUGCCUUCAAUCCUGGUUUUACAUACAAGGUCGCUGAUUUCUCCAAGUUACCCUCAAUUCAAUCACAACUUGUUGCUUCACUGAACAUACAUAAGGCAGCAAAGGAAACAGUAACUGGAAUCUCUGAUUUAGUAGCUAGUAAUAAAAGGGACAUAGUGUUUCUUCUUGAUGGAUCAGAUGACUCUAGAAGUGGGUUUCCAGCUAUUCGAGAGUUCAUGAGAAGAAUGGCAGAAGAGUUGAACAUUGAAGAAGACAAGGUUCGAAUGGCUGUUGUACUGUAUAGUGAUGACAUGGACGUUUACUUCAGUCUGAAAACUCACAAAUCAAAAAAGGCGAUAAUCUAUGCCGUGAGAAGUCUUCGCCACAAAGGAGGAAGAUUUCGGAACACAGGAGCGGCUCUACGAUUUGUGCGAGACCAUGUUUUCACAGUUUCUUCUGGUAGUAGACUCCGAGAGGGAGUCCCCCAGGUUCUAUUAUUAUUAACUGGAGGAAAAUCCAGUGAUGAUGUUUCUGUACCUGCAUUAGAUUUAAAACAAUCUGGCAUUCUGUCUUUUGCCAUUGGAAUGAAAAAUGCAAACCAGGAGGAGCUUCAAAACAUUGCGUCAUCCUCUACAUUCCUUUUCAAUCUGCCGGUCUUUGGUGAACUUUUAUCCAUUCAGCCAGAAGUAGCUGCAGUUAUCCAGGCAGAAAUACACAUUGAACACCCCUCUAUUGUAGUUGAAUUAGAGUCCCCUCAAAGAGAUAUAGUAUUUCUGUUGGAUGGGUCAGAUGACACACGGAGUGGCUUUUCAGCAAUGAAAGGUUUUGUCCAAAGAGUGGUACAAACACUGAAUGUUGGUGAGAACAAAGACCGUGUUUCUGUGGUCCAAUAUAGCAGAAUUCCACAGAUGCAUUUUAACUUGAGAACCUACACAGAGAAAGCCAACAUUCUUAAUGCACUCCAGGAGUUGAACCAUCUAGGUGGCAGACCGCUCAACACUGGGGCAGCUCUAGACUUUGUGAGAAACAAUGCUUUCACUGACUCCUCAGGAAGUCGCCGUGAAGAUGGCAUUCCUCAAAUAUUGAUUUUGUUGAGUGGGGGAAGAUCUCAAGACAAUGUUGCAAGUGCUGCUGCAGCUCUAAAACAAGAGAAAGUUGUUCCAUUCUGUGUGGGUACAAGGAAUGCAGACAUACUUCAGCUACAAAUGAUUGCAUUUAACCCAUCCUAUGCUUUCAAUGUGCCCCGGUUUGAUGAUUUUGGGAGUAUCCAUACACAACUUGUAUCUUUUGUGAAAAGAGUGCCUCGACAGCAGCCAAGAAUAAAAUCACAGGAAGUAUUGGGUUUAGCAGAUCACUCUGAUCAACAUGAUAUUGUAUUUCUACUGGAUUCCUCAGAUGAUAUGCAAAAUGAAUAUCAGACAAUACUUGGUUUUGUUGAGAGAAUAAUAGAGAAAUUCAGUGUGGAUGAAAACAAAAACCGUAUUUCGGUGGUGCAGUACAGCGGGCAACCAUAUGUUGAAUUUUUUCUGAACACACACAAGACACAGCAGAAUGUUAUGAGAAACGUGAGACGUCUGAGGCAUAAAGGGGGCAGACCUCUGAAUACUGGUGCAGCCCUCCAGUAUGUCAAGGAUAAUGUUUUUGAAUCCUCUUCUGGCAGUAGACAUCUGCAAGGUGUGCAUCAGUUUUUGCUUCUCCUGACUGGUGGACGGUCAAAUGAUGACGUCAAAAAUGCUGUGAAAUCUCUAAAAGGAAUUGGUGUAACUUCAAUUGUGGUGGGAACAAAGAAUGCAGAUAUUCUUGAGAUUCAGACAAUUUCACAGGACACAGGUCGGGCUUUCCUCUCAACCGACUCCAGUGAUUUGUCAAGCAUUGAAAAAGAAAUAUAUUCUGCCAUUCAAAAGGGGGCAACCCCUACUUUAAACCCAACCUUAAAUGAUGUCUACAGAAGAGAUGUAGUUUUUGUCCUUGAUGCGUCUGAUGAUACAUUGCCAAGUUUUCCAGCCAUUAAAGACUUUGUGCAGAGAAUAGUGGAAAACCUAAAAAUUGGUGAAAACAGAGAUCGUGUGGCAGUGGUUCAGUACAGCAACAAAGCAGAAACAAAUUUUGACUUAAGUCGUCACUCAACAGACGUUGAUGUUCUUGGUGCUGUAAGAGAUCUACAUCACAAAGGAGGUUAUACUCGUAAUAUUGGAACAGCUCUUGAGUAUGCAAGAGUCAAUAUAUUUACUUCUGUGUCAGAAAGUAGACUCCUGGAGGGUGUCUCACAGAUUCUCAUAUUACUGAGUGGUGGAAGAUCUGGAGAUGAUAUAAGAACCCCAGUGAGUAUGCUGAAAGAAAAUGGUGUCAUAUGCAUUGCUAUUGGAACAAAGGAUGCUGACACUAUAGAGCUCCAAACCAUUUCUUAUGAACCCAAAUAUGCAGUCUCAGUUACUGAUUUUGAGAACCUUCUCACUGCUAAGGAGAAUGUGUUGUCAUUGUUAAGAGACUCUUCCUAUCAUGCAGAUGAACUAGCUUCUUCAAAGGGUUCUGAUUCGAAGAAACAUGAUAUUGUGUUUCUUAUUGAUGGAUCAUAUGACUCACAAAAGGGCUUUGAAACAAUACGAGGCUUUAUAGAGAAGUUUGUCAGAAGCUUGAAUUUAGGUGAGAACAGAGAUCAAGUGGCUGUUGUUCAGUACAGCCGUGAUACCAGAGUCAAUUUCUACUUGAAUUCCUAUUCAUCCAAGAAUGAUGUGCUCAAUUCAAUCAGAACAAUGAGCCAUAAGUCGGGACGACCCCUCAACAUUGGCAGAGCACUGGCAUUUGUCAGAGAUAAUGUCUUUGCUGGUUCAGUUGGAGGUAGAAGCAUAGAAUUGGUCCCUCAGUUUUUAUAUGUAUUUAGUGGUGGCAGAUCAUGGGAUGAUGUCAGAGGACCAGCACAGUCACUCAAAGAAAAUGGAAUAAAAACAAUUACUUUUGGAACAAAGAAUUCUGAUACCUUGGAAAUGCAAACCAUCUCUUACACCCCGGCACACUAUUUCUUUGUCACGGAAUUUGAAAAUCUUCAGAAUAUGCAACCAUCUGUGGAAGCCACAAUGAGGGGCACUCAAGAAAACCCUGAGAUUUCAACUGUUAUUGUUGACACCACCAAAAAGGAUAUCGUGUUCCUUCUGGAUGAUUCUGACAGCACAAGGAGUGGCUUUCCUGCCAUGCGUGAUUUUGUUGAGAGAGUAGUGGACAGGCUAAAUGUGGGAGAAAACAAAGACCGUGUCUGUGUGGUGCAAUACAGCAGAAAUGCACAGGUCCAUUUCUAUCUGAACACAUUCAAAACUAAACAGGAUGUUGUGGAAUCGGUCAGAGGGCUAAGACACAGAGGCGGCAGGCCCCUCAACACUGGGGCAGCCCUCCAAUUCGUGAGGGACAACGUCAUCACAAACUCCACUGGCAGCAGGCGCCCGCAAGGGGUCCCACAGAUUUUGCUUCUGCUAAAUGGGGGAAAGUCUUUCGACGAUGUAGAUGCUCCAGCCUCUGCUCUCAAACAGCAGGGCGUCUUUGUGAUUGGCAUUGGAACAAGAAGCUCUGACAGCAGAGAGCUGCAGAGGAUAUCACAUGACCCUAGUCAUGCUCUAUUGGUCUCUGAGUUUACUGACUUACCCACUUUACAAGAGCAGCUGUCCUCUGCAAUGAGUUCAGUGCCCACGAGAUCCACACCAACAAUAAUCGUGGACAGAAAGCCAGCAGGAAAGGAUGUUGUGUUCUUGUUGGAUGGAUCUGAUGGUACUAGAGCUGGAUUCGCAGCAAUGCGAGACUUUGUCCAAAGAGUGGUAGAGACACUCAGUGUGGAUGACAACAAGGACCGUGUCUCAGUGGUUCAGUACAGCAGAGACCCAGCUGUCCAGUUUUAUCUGAACACGUACGCCACAAAAAGUGAGAUCCUUGACACUGUCAGAGGAUUGAGGCACAAAGGUGGAAGACCUCUCAAUACUGGAGCAGCUCUCCAAUACUUGAGGGACAAUGUCUUCACAGCCUCUGCAGGAAGCAGGCUUCUGGAAAGAGUUCCACAGGUGCUCAUAUUGCUAAGUGGCGGAAGGUCCUCUGACAGUGUGGAGGCCGCAGCCUCUGCUCUUAAGCAGCUGGGUAUACAGACCUUUGCAAUUGGAACCAGGGGUGCCGAUCGCAGCGAACUGCAGAAGCUAUCCCAACGUCCCACCGAUGCCAUAUUAGUUUCUGAAUUCACUGACCUGCCCAGCGUCCAAAAGCAACUUCAAACUUCUGUGGAGGCAGUGUCUGAAGAGGUUGCCCCUAAAUUACCAACUGUACCUGUUGACAUUGCCAAAAAGGAUAUCGUGUUCCUUCUGGAUGAUUCUGACAGCACAAGGAGUGGCUUUCCUGCCAUGCGUGAUUUUGUUGAGGGGGUAGUGGACAGGCUAAAUGUGGGAGAAAACAAAGACCGUGUCUCUGUGGUGCAAUACAGCAGAGAUGCAGAGGUCCAUUUCUAUCUGAACAGGUUCAAAACUAAACAGGAUGUUGUGGAUUCGGUAAGAGGGCUGAGACACAGAGGCGGCAGGCCCCUCAACACUGGGGCAGCCCUCCAAUUUGUGAGGAACAACGUUAUCACAAACUCCUCUGGCAGCAGGCGCCCGCAAGGGGUCCCACAGAUUUUGCUUUUGCUAAAUGGGGGAAAGUCUGUCGACGAUGUAGAUGCUCCAGCCUCUGCUCUCAAACAGCAGGGCGUCUUUGUGAUUGGCAUUGGAACAAGAAGCUCUGACAGCAGAGAGCUGCAGAGGAUAUCACAUGACCCUAGUCAUGCUCUAUUAGUCUCUGAGUUUACUGACCUACCCACCAUACAAGAGCAGCUGUCCUCUGCAAUGAGCUCAGUGCCCACGAGAUCCACACCAACAAUAAUCGUGGACAGAAAGCCAGCAGGAAAGGAUGUUGUGUUCUUGUUGGAUGGAUCUGAUGGUACUAGAGCUGGAUUCGCAGCAAUGCGAGACUUUGUCCAAAGAGUGGUAGAGACACUCAGUGUGGAUGACAACAAGGACCGUGUCUCAGUGGUUCAGUACAGCAGAGACCCAGCUGUCCAGUUUUAUCUGAACACGUACGCCACAAAAAGUGAGAUCCUUGACACUGUCAGAGGAUUGAGGCACAAAGGUGGAAAACCUCUCAAUACUGGAGCAGCUCUCCAAUACUUGAGGGACAAUGUCUUCACAGCCUCUGCAGGAAGCAGGCUUCUGGAAAGAGUUCCACAGGUGCUCAUAUUGCUAAGUGGCGGAAGGUCCUCUGACAGUGUGGAGGCCGCAGCCUCUGCUCUUAAGCAGCUGGGUAUACAGACCUUUGCAAUUGGAACCAGGGGUGCCGAUCGCAGCGAACUGCAGAAGCUAUCCCACCGUCCCACUGAUGCCAUAUUAGUUUCUGAAUUCACUGACCUGCCCAGCGUCCAAAAGCAACUUCAAACUUCUGUGGAGGCAGUGUCUGAAGAGGUUGCCCCUAAAUUACCAACUGUACAUGUUGACACUGCCAAAAAGGAUAUCGUUUUCCUUCUGGAUGAUUCUGACAGCACAAGGAGUGGCUUUCCUGCCAUGCGUGAUUUUGUUGAGAGAGUAGUGGACAGGCUAAAUGUGGGAGAAAACAAAGACCGUGUCUCUGUGGUGCAAUACAGCAGAGAUGCAGAGGUCCAUUUCUAUCUGAACACGUUCAAAACUAAACAGGAUGUUGUGGAUUCGGUAAGAGGGCUGAGACACAGAGGCGGCAGGCCCCUCAACACUGGGGCAGCCCUCCAAUUCGUGAGGAACAACGUUAUCACAAACUCCUCUGGCAGCAGGCGCCCGCAAGGGGUCCCACAGAUUUUGCUUUUGCUAAAUGGGGGAAAGUCUGUCGACGAUGUAGAUGCUCCAGCCUCUGCUCUCAAACAGCAGGGCGUCUUUGUGAUUGGCAUUGGAACAAGAAGCUCUGACAGCAGAGAGCUGCAGAGGAUAUCACAUGACCCUAGUCAUGCUCUAUUAGUCUCUGAGUUUACUGACCUACCCACCAUACAAGAGCAGCUGUCCUCUGCAAUGAGCUCAGUGCCCACGAGAUCCACACCAACAAUAAUCGUGGACAGAAAGCCAGCAGGAAAGGAUGUUGUGUUCUUGUUGGAUGGAUCUGAUGGUACUAGAGCUGGAUUCGCAGCAAUGCGAGACUUUGUCCAAAGAGUGGUAGAGACACUCAGUGUGGAUGACAACAAGGACCGUGUCUCAGUGGUUCAGUACAGCAGAGACCCAGCUGUCCAGUUUUAUCUGAACACGUACGCCACAAAAAGUGAGAUCCUUGACACUGUCAGAGGAUUGAGGCACAAAGGUGGAAGACCUCUCAAUACUGGAGCAGCUCUCCAAUACUUGAGGGACAAUGUCUUCACAGCCUCUGCAGGAAGCAGGCUUCUGGAAAGAGUUCCACAGGUACUCAUAUUGCUAAGUGGCGGAAGGUCCUCUGACAGUGUGGAGGCCGCAGCCUCUGCUCUUAAGCAGCUGGGUAUACAGACCUUUGCAAUUGGAACCAGGGGUGCCGAUCGCAGCGAACUGCAGAAGCUAUCCCACCGUCCCACUGAUGCCAUAUUAGUUUCUGAAUUCACUGACCUGCCCAGCGUCCAAAAGCAACUUCAAACUUCUGUGGAGGCAGUGUCUGAAGAGGUUGCCCCUGAAUUACCAACUGUACCUGUUGACACUGCCAAAAAGGAUAUCGUUUUCCUUCUGGAUGAUUCUGACAGCACAAGGAGUGGCUUUCCUGCCAUGCGUGAUUUUGUUGAGAGAGUAGUGGACAGGCUAAAUGUGGGAGAAAACAAAGACCGUGUCUCUGUGGUGCAAUACAGCAGAGAUGCAGAGGUCCAUUUCUAUCUGAACACGUUCAAAACUAAACAGGAUGUUGUGGAUUCGGUAAGAGGGCUGAGACACAGAGGCGGCAGGCCCCUCAACACUGGGGCAGCCCUCCAAUUCGUGAGGAACAACGUUAUCACAAACUCCUCUGGCAGCAGGCGCCCGCAAGGGGUCCCACAGAUUUUGCUUUUGCUAAAUGGGGGAAAGUCUGUCGACGAUGUAGAUGCUCCAGCCUCUGCUCUCAAACAGCAGGGCGUCUUUGUGAUUGGCAUUGGAACAAGAAGCUCUGACAGCAGAGAGCUGCAGAGGAUAUCACAUGACCCUAGUCAUGCUCUAUUAGUCUCUGAGUUUACUGACCUACCCAUCAUACAAGAGCAGCUGUCCUCUGCAAUGAGCUCAGUGCCCACGAGAUCCACACCAACAAUAAUCGUGGACAGAAAGCCAGCAGGAAAGGAUGUUGUGUUCUUGUUGGAUGGAUCUGAUGGUACUAGAGCUGGAUUCGCAGCAAUGCGAGACUUUGUCCAAAGAGUGGUAGAGACACUCAGUGUGGAUGACAACAAGGACCGUGUCUCAGUGGUUCAGUACAGCAGAGACCCAGCUGUCCAGUUUUAUCUGAACACGUACGCCACAAAAAGUGAGAUCCUUGACACUGUCAGAGGAUUGAGGCACAAAGGUGGAAGACCUCUCAAUACUGGAGCAGCUCUCCAAUACUUGAGGGACAAUGUCUUCACAGCCUCUGCAGGAAGCAGGCUUCUGGAAAGAGUUCCACAGGUGCUCAUAUUGCUAAGUGGCGGAAGGUCCUCUGACAGUGUGGAGGCCGCAGCCUCUGCUCUUAAGCAGCUGGGUAUACAGACCUUUGCAAUUGGAACCAGGGGUGCCGAUCGCAGCGAACUGCAGAAGCUAUCCCACCGUCCCACCGAUGCCAUAUUAGUUUCUGAAUUCACUGACCUGCCCAGCGUCCAAAAGCAACUUCAAACUUCUGUGGAGGCAGUGUCUGAAGAGGUUGCCCCUGAAUUACCAACUGUACCUGUUGACACUGCCAAAAAGGAUAUCGUUUUUCUUCUGGAUGAUUCUGACAGCACAAGGAGUGGCUUUCCUGCCAUGCGUGAUUUUGUUGAGAGAGUAGUGGACAGGCUAAAUGUGGGAGAAAACAAAGACCGUGUCUCUGUGGUGCAAUACAGCAGAGAUGCAGAGGUCCAUUUCUAUCUGAACACGUUCAAAACUAAACAGGAUGUUGUGGAUUCGGUAAGAGGGCUGAGACACAGAGGCGGCAGGCCCCUCAACACUGGGGCAGCCCUCCAAUUCGUAAGGAACAACGUCAUCACAAACUCCUCUGGCAGCAGGCGCCCGCAAGGGGUCCCACAGAUUUUGCUUUUGCUAAAUGGGGGAAAGUCUUUCGACGAUGUAGAUGCUCCAGCCUCUGCUCUCAAACAGCAGGGCGUCUUUGUGAUUGGCAUUGGAACAAGAAGCUCUGACAGCAGAGAGCUGCAGAGGAUAUCACAUGACCCUAGUCAUGCUCUAUUAGUCUCUGAGUUUACUGACCUACCCACCAUACAAGAGCAGCUGUCCUCUGCAAUGAGCUCAGUGCCCACGAGAUCCACACCAACAAUAAUCGUGGACAGAAAGCCAGCAGGAAAGGAUGUUGUGUUCUUGUUGGAUGGAUCUGAUGGUACUAGAGCUGGAUUCGCAGCAAUGCGAGACUUUGUCCAAAGAGUGGUAGAGACACUCAGUGUGGAUGACAACAAGGACCGUGUCUCAGUGGUUCAGUACAGCAGAGACCCAGCUGUCCAGUUUUAUCUGAACACGUACGCCACAAAAAGUGAGAUCCUUGACACUGUCAGAGGAUUGAGGCACAAAGGUGGAAGACCUCUCAAUACUGGAGCAGCUCUCCAAUACUUGAGGGACAAUGUCUUCACAGCCUCUGCAGGAAGCAGGCUUCUGGAAAGAGUUCCACAGGUGCUCAUAUUGCUAAGUGGCGGAAGGUCCUCUGACAGUGUGGAGGCCGCAGCCUCUGCUCUUAAGCAGCUGGGUAUACAGACCUUUGCAAUUGGAACCAGGGGUGCCGAUCGCAGCGAACUGCAGAAGCUAUCCCACCGUCCCACUGAUGCCAUAUUAGUUUCUGAAUUCACUGACCUGCCCAGCGUCCAAAAGCAACUUCAAACUUCUGUGGAGGCAGUGUCUGAAGAGGUUGCCCCUGAAUUACCAACUGUACCUGUUGACACUGCCAAAAAGGAUAUCGUUUUUCUUCUGGAUGAUUCUGACAGCACAAGGAGUGGCUUUCCUGCCAUGCGUGAUUUUGUUGAGAGAGUAGUGGACAGGCUAAAUGUGGGAGAAAACAAAGACCGUGUCUCUGUGGUGCAAUACAGCAGAGAUGCAGAGGUCCAUUUCUAUCUGAACACGUUCAAAACUAAACAGGAUGUUGUGGAUUCGGUAAGAGGGCUGAGACACAGAGGCGGCAGGCCCCUCAACACUGGGGCAGCCCUCCAAUUCGUGAGGAACAACGUUAUCACAAACUCCUCUGGCAGCAGGCGCCCGCAAGGGGUCCCACAGAUUUUGCUUUUGCUAAAUGGGGGAAAGUCUGUCGACGAUGUAGAUGCUCCAGCCUCUGCUCUCAAACAGCAGGGCGUCUUUGUGAUUGGCAUUGGAACAAGAAGCUCUGACAGCAGAGAGCUGCAGAGGAUAUCACAUGACCCUAGUCAUGCUCUAUUAGUCUCUGAGUUUACUGACCUACCCACCAUACAAGAGCAGCUGUCCUCUGCAAUGAGCUCAGUGCCCACGAGAUCCACACCAACAAUAAUCGUGGACAGAAAGCCAGCAGGAAAGGAUGUUGUGUUCUUGUUGGAUGGAUCUGAUGGUACUAGAGCUGGAUUCGCAGCAAUGCGAGACUUUGUCCAAAGAGUGGUAGAGACACUCAGUGUGGAUGACAACAAGGACCGUGUCUCAGUGGUUCAGUACAGCAGAGACCCAGCUGUCCAGUUUUAUCUGAACACGUACGCCACAAAAAGUGAGAUCCUUGACACUGUCAGAGGAUUGAGGCACAAAGGUGGAAGACCUCUCAAUACUGGAGCAGCUCUCCAAUACUUGAGGGACAAUGUCUUCACAGCCUCUGCAGGAAGCAGGCUUCUGGAAAGAGUUCCACAGGUGCUCAUAUUGCUAAGUGGCGGAAGGUCCUCUGACAGUGUGGAGGCCGCAGCCUCUGCUCUUAAGCAGCUGGGUAUACAGACCUUUGCAAUUGGAACCAGGGGUGCCGAUCGCAGCGAACUGCAGAAGCUAUCCCACCGUCCCACUGAUGCCAUAUUAGUUUCUGAAUUCACUGACCUGCCCAGCGUCCAAAAGCAACUUCAAACUUCUGUGGAGGCAGUGUCUGAAGAGGUUGCCCCUGAAUUACCAACUGUACCUGUUGACACUGCCAAAAAGGAUAUCGUUUUCCUUCUGGAUGAUUCUGACAGCACAAGGAGUGGCUUUCCUGCCAUGCGUGAUUUUGUUGAGAGAGUAGUGGACAGGUUAAAUGUGGGAGAAAACAAAGACCGUGUCUCUGUGGUGCAAUACAGCAGAGAUGCAGAGGUCCAUUUCUAUCUGAACACGUUCAAAACUAAACAGGAUGUUGUGGAUUCGGUAAGAGGGCUGAGACACAGAGGCGGCAGGCCCCUCAACACUGGGGCAGCCCUCCAAUUCGUGAGGAACAACGUUAUCACAAACUCCUCUGGCAGCAGGCGCCCGCAAGGGGUCCCACAGAUUUUGCUUUUGCUAAAUGGGGGAAAGUCUGUCGACGAUGUAGAUGCUCCAGCCUCUGCUCUCAAACAGCAGGGCGUCUUUGUGAUUGGCAUUGGAACAAGAAGCUCUGACAGCAGAGAGCUGCAGAGGAUAUCACAUGACCCUAGUCAUGCUCUAUUAGUCUCUGAGUUUACUGACCUACCCACCAUACAAGAGCAGCUGUCCUCUGCAAUGAGCUCAGCGCCCACGAGAUCCACACCAACAAUAAUCGUGGACAGAAAGCCAGCAGGAAAGGAUGUUGUGUUCUUGUUGGAUGGAUCUGAUGGUACUAGAGCUGGAUUCGCAGCAAUGCGAGACUUUGUCCAAAGAGUGGUGGAGACACUCAGUGUGGAUGACAACAAGGACCGUGUCUCAGUGGUUCAGUACAGCAGAGACCCAGCUGUCCAGUUUUAUCUGAACACGUACGCCACAAAAAGUGAGAUCCUUGACACUGUCAGAGGAUUGAGGCACAAAGGUGGAAGACCUCUCAAUACUGGAGCAGCUCUCCAAUACUUGAGGGACAAUGUCUUCACAGCCUCUGCAGGAAGCAGGCUUCUGGAAAGAGUUCCACAGGUACUCAUAUUGCUAAGUGGCGGAAGGUCCUCUGACAGUGUGGAGGCCGCAGCCUCUGCUCUUAAGCAGCUGGGUAUACAGACCUUUGCAAUUGGAACCAGGGGUGCCGAUCGCAGCGAACUGCAGAAGCUAUCCCACCGUCCCACUGAUGCCAUAUUAGUUUCUGAAUUCACUGACCUGCCCAGCGUCCAAAAGCAACUUCAAACUUCUGUGGAGGCAGUGUCUGAAGAGGUUGCCCCUGAAUUACCAACUGUACCUGUUGACACUGCCAAAAAGGAUAUCGUUUUCCUUCUGGAUGAUUCUGACAGCACAAGGAGUGGCUUUCCUGCCAUGCGUGAUUUUGUUGAGAGAGUAGUGGACAGGUUAAAUGUGGGAGAAAACAAAGACCGUGUCUCUGUGGUGCAAUACAGCAGAGAUGCAGAGGUCCAUUUCUAUCUGAACACGUUCAAAACUAAACAGGAUGUUGUGGAUUCGGUAAGAGGGCUGAGACACAGAGGCGGCAGGCCCCUCAACACUGGGGCAGCCCUCCAAUUCGUGAGGAACAACGUCAUCACAAACUCCUCUGGCAGCAGGCGCCCGCAAGGGGUCCCACAGAUUUUGCUUUUGCUAAAUGGGGGAAAGUCUGUCGACGAUGUAGAUGCUCCAGCCUCUGCUCUCAAACAGCAGGGCGUCUUUGUGAUUGGCAUUGGAACAAGAAGCUCUGACAGCAGAGAGCUGCAGAGGAUAUCACAUGACCCUAGUCAUGCUCUAUUAGUCUCUGAGUUUACUGACCUACCCACCAUACAAGAGCAGCUGUCCUCUGCAAUGAGCUCAGUGCCCACGAGAUCCACACCAACAAUAAUCGUGGACAGAAAGCCAGCAGGAAAGGAUGUUGUGUUCUUGUUGGAUGGAUCUGAUGGUACUAGAGCUGGAUUCGCAGCAAUGCGAGACUUUGUCCAAAGAGUGGUAGAGACACUCAGUGUGGAUGACAACAAGGACCGUGUCUCAGUGGUUCAGUACAGCAGAGACCCAGCUGUCCAGUUUUAUCUGAACACAUACGCCACAGAAAGUGAGAUCCUUGACACUGUCAGAGGAUUGAGGCACAAAGGUGGAAGACCUCUCAAUACUGGAGCAGCUCUCCAAUACUUGAGGGACAAUGUCUUCACAGCCUCUGCAGGAAGCAGGCUUCUGGAAAGAGUUCCACAGGUGCUCAUAUUGCUAAGUGGUGGAAGGUCCUCUGACAAUGUGGAGGCCGCAGCCUCUGCUCUUAAGCAGCUGGGUAUACAGACCUUUGCAAUUGGAACCAGGGGUGCCGAUCGCAGCGAACUGCAGAAGCUAUCCCACCGUCCCACUGAUGCCAUAUUAGUUUCUGAAUUCACUGACCUGCCCAGCGUCCAAAAGCAACUUCAAACUUCUGUGGAGGCAGUGUCUGAAGAGGUUGCCCCUGAAUUACCAACUGUACCUGUUGACACUGCCAAAAAGGAUAUCGUUUUCCUUCUGGAUGAUUCUGACAGCACAAGGAGUGGCUUUCCUGCCAUGCUUGAUUUUGUUGAGAGAGUAGUGGACAGGCUAAAUGUGGGAGAAAACAAAGACCGUGUCUCUGUGGUGCAAUACAGCAGAGAUGCAGAGGUCCAUUUCUAUCUGAACACGUUCAAAACUAAACAGGAUGUUGUGGAUUCGGUAAGAGGGCUGAGACACAGAGGCGGCAGGCCCCUCAACACUGGGGCAGCCCUCCAAUUCGUGAGGAACAACGUCAUCACAAACUCCUCUGGCAGCAGGCGCCCGCAAGGGGUCCCACAGAUUUUGCUUUUGCUAAAUGGGGGAAAGUCUUUCGACGAUGUAGAUGCUCCAGCCUCUGCUCUCAAACAGCAGGGCGUCUUUGUGAUUGGCAUUGGAACAAGAAGCUCUGACAGCAGAGAGCUGCAGAGGAUAUCACAUGACCCUAGUCAUGCUCUAUUAGUCUCUGAGUUUACUGACCUACCCACCAUACAAGAGCAGCUGUCCUCUGCAUUGACCUCAGCACCCACGAGAUCCACACCAACAAUAAUCGUGGGCAGAAAGCCAGCAGGAAAGGAUGUUGUGUUCUUGUUGGAUGGAUCUGAUGGUACUAGAGCUGGAUUCGCAGCAAUGCGAGACUUUGUCCAAAGAGUGGUAGAGACACUCAGUGUGGAUGACAACAAGGACCGUGUCUCAAUGGUUCAGUACAGCAGAGACCCAGCUGUCCAGUUUUAUCUGAACACGUACGCCACUAAAAGUGAGAUCCUUGACACUGUCAGAGGAUUGAGGCACAAAGGUGGAAGACCUCUCAAUACUGGAGCAGCUCUCCAAUACUUGAGGGACAAUGUCUUCACAGCCUCUGCAGGAAGCAGGCUUCUGGAAAGAGUUCCACAGGUGCUCAUAUUGCUAAGUGGCGGAAGGUCCUCUGACAGUGUGGAGGCCGCAGCCUCUGCUCUUAAGCAGCUGGGUGUACAGACCUUUGCAGUUGGAACCAGGGGUGCCGAUCGCAGCGAACUGCAGAAGCUAUCCCACCGUCCCACUGAUGCUAUAUUAGUUUCUGAAUUCACUGACCUGCCCAGCGUCCAAAAGCAACUUCAAACUUCUGUGGAGGCAGUGUCUGAAGAGGUUGCCCCUGAAUUACCAACUGUACCUGUUGACACUGCCAAAAAGGAUGUUGUGUUCCUUCUGGAUGCUUCUGACAGCACAAGGAGUGGCUUUCCUGCCAUGCGUGAUUUUGUUGAGAGAGUAGUGGACAGGCUAAAUGUGGGAGAAAACAAAGACCGUGUCUCUGUGGUGCAAUACAGCAGAGAUGCAGAGGUCCAUUUCUAUCUGAACACGUUCAAAACUAAACAGGAUGUUGUGGAUUCGGUAAGAGGGCUGAGACACAGAGGCGGCAGGCCCCUCAACACUGGGGCAGCCCUCCAAUUCGUGAGGAACAACGUCAUCACAAACUCCUCUGGCAGCAGGCGCCCGCAAGGGGUCCCACAGAUUUUACUUUUGCUAAAUGGGGGAAAGUCUUUCGACGAUGUAGAUGCUCCAGCCUCUGUUCUCAAACAGCAGGGCGUCUUUGUGAUUGGCAUUGGAAUAAGAAGCUCUGACAGCGGAGAGCUGCAGAGGAUAUCACAUGACCCUAGUAAUGCUCUAUUAGUCUCUGAGUUUACUGACCUACCCACCAUACAAGAGCAGCUGUCCUCUGCAAUGAGCUCAGUGCCCACGAGAUCCACACCAACAAUAAUCGCUGAAUCGCAAGGUCCCCGGAAGGAUAUUGUUUUCAUUGUUGAUGGAUCUGAUGCGGUUGGACGUGAAUUUCCUAUCAUUAAGGAGUUCAUGCGCAGGAUUGUGGAAAAUCUCAAUGUGGGCGAGAAUAAGAUACGGAUAGGUGUGGUCCAGUAUGGUGACUCUGCUCAGACUGACAUAUACCUGAACACACAUACAACCAAAGAAGGUGUCUUAAAUGCAGUUAAGGGAUUGAGGCAAAGAGGAGGAAGACAACGUAACCUCGGUCGAGCCUUGCAGAUGGUCGGUCAGGUUGUUCUUACACCAGCUCGUGGUGGCAGGAAGCGAGAGGGUGUACCACAGUUUGUUAUUGUUGUCGCCAGUGGGGCUUCCACAGAUGACAUCACAGGAGCAGCAACUACUCUCAAACAAUCCAGAGUUAUUCCUUUUAGCAUUGGGACCAGGGAUGUAAAUCCUACAGAGCUGCAGGUAGUUUCCUAUGUAGCACACUUUGCUGUUACAGUAGAUGACCUGCCUGGGUUGUACACAGUCCAAGAAAGUCUAAUCAACACUCUUACCGAGAUGUCAGAUGAUGACAUUACCAGGAUGCGUCCAGAAUUCCCAAGAUAUGAUGGAAUCACACCAACAAGCCCGGGAGAAAAGAGAGAUGUUGUAUUUCUCAUUGAUGGCACAACAGCAGUGCGUAGUGAGUUCCCUGCCAUCCGUGAAAUGAUAAGAAGAGUUGUGGAGAAGCUGGAUAUAGGACUGGAUAAUAUUCGAGUUUCAGUGGUACAGUACAGUGAAGAGCCAAAAGCAGAAUUUCUUUUGAAUGAAUUCUCUACCAAAGAUGAGGUACGCCAAGCUGUGGCAAGACUUCGUAACAAAGGUGGAAACCUCCUAAACACAGGGCGUGCCCUUGAGUGGGUCUCCAGGAACAUCUACCAGAGGUCAGCAGGAAGCCGCAUUGAGGAAGGAGUUCCUCAGUUCCUCAUUCUAGUUACAGGUGGCAAAUCUGCAGAUGAUGUGUCCACUUCAGCUGACCAACUAAAGAGAAACAGAAUUGCACCUCUUGCUAUAGGCUCAAGAAAUACAGAUCUUGAUGAACUUAAACAGAUUUCUCUGAAACCUGAACUUGUAUAUAGAGUUGAAAGUUUCCAACAACUUCCAAGAGUGGAGACGCAGCUCAUCGAUUCAGUCAAAACAAUAUCCACUACAGAAAUCAUCAGUAGCUAUGUUCCUGAGACAGCUGUAACCGUAAAUCUUGGAAGAAAGGACAUCAUCUUUCUUAUCGAUGGCUCAGAUGUUACAGGUCCUGCUGGCAUUGCUCAUAUUCGUGACUUCAUCCUCAACAUUGUAAAACAACUUGAUGUGCGGCCAGAUCAAGUUCGAGUGGCUGUUGUCCAAUAUGCAGACAAAAUUCAAACAGAGUUCUCGCUGAAAUCACAUAAUAACAAGGAAGGCGUGAUUUCUGCAAUCAAAAGACUUCGUCAGAUGGGAGGCCGCUCAUCAGAUCUAGCCAAUGCCAUUGACUAUAUACUAAAGAAUGAGUUAAAGCCUGCUGCCGGUGCUCGUCCAGUUGAGGCCUCCCAGCAUCUUGUGGUUCUCACAGGUGGACGUUCCUCCCAAGAUGUUUCUCUAUAUGGACCUCUGCUUAAGGGUUCUAGAGUAAACUGUGUUGGUAUUGGAGCUGGUGGUGCUGACAAAAGGCAGCUAACCCAAAUUACUACCACUGCAGAGGAUGUUCUACAGGUUCCUGCAUUUCGUGGACUGUCAAGUGUCCAGGAACGGCUUAUUGUCAGGUUAGGUGAAACUAUGAUUGAGGAAACACCCACAGAUAGGGAGACUGAUCCCUCUCCACCUAAAAAGGCUGAUAUAGUGUUUUUAGUAGAUAGCUCCAUUAACUUGGGGCAGGAACAUUUUAACGAUGUAAUGGCCUUUAUAAUAAACCUAAUUGACUUGUUCUUCACUGAGAGAGAUAACCCGCGUAUUGGGUUGGCUCAUUACGCUGCAGAUGUGACAGAUGCCUUCUAUCUCAACACUUACAAAAAUAAGGAUGAUGUUAUAAACGCCAUUGGCCAAGCAGAGUAUAAAGGUGGAAAUAAAAUCAACACUGGUGCAGCUAUUCGACAUAUCCAAAAUGUCCACUUUACUAAAGAAAAAGGCAGCAGGAUGGAUGAGGGAACCCCUCAGAUCCUAAUGGUUAUCACUGGAGGAAAGUCAGCUGAUGACAGUAAAACAGCAGCUCUUGGUUUGAAGAAAAAAGGUGUCAGAGUCUUUGCUAUAGGGGUCGGCAACAUUGAGGAUGAACUAGAAAAUCUAGCUAGUCAGUCUUCCACUGUGGCUCGAGCUGUAAACUUUCAGGAGCUUUCAGAGCUCAAUGAACAAAUCCUGGAGACUUUAAAUGACCAAAUGAAGGGGGAGGAGUGUGUUGAAGUGGCAGAUGUUCCAAGGACCUGCAAUGUAGAAGUGUUGGUGGGCUUUGAUGUAUCUGCCCAGAACAUCUUUAGUGCUCAGACCAAUCUACAGAGCAAGAUGGGUGCCAUUCUACAGAGGAUUUCCAAAAUGGCAGCCAUUAGUUGUUCACUUGGACAGAUUCCUUCGGUGCAAGUUGGCAUGCUGGCCAUGGACUCUGCUUCUGAGCCUGUCCAAGUGGACUUCACAGACAAUGCUGAUGAGCUUUUUGAGGCAUUCAGAGACCUACGGAACCGUGGCCCCUUUGUCCUCAAUGGAAAGACCAUCUCAGCUUACAAUAAUAUGUUUAAAGCCAGACAGGACAACAUUGUCAAGGUUGUCAUCCAUCUGACUGAUGGUCUUGAUGCUCCAUAUGCUGAAAUGAAACGCCAAGUUGAAGAGCUUAGAGUCUCCGGAGUCGACGGGUUUAUCCUUGUCGGGCUGGAGCGCGUCCCCAAAUUUGAGGACGCCUUGCUGUUAGAAUUUGGCCGUGGCUUCAGGUACACCAGACCCUUACGAGUAAACAUCAUGGACUUGGACUAUGAGCUCAUGGAAGAACUGGACAAUAUUGCAGAGAGAUCAUGUUGUGGAGUUCCAUGCAAAUGUACUGGCACCAGAGGCGACAGAGGAGGAGUUGGAUUUGCAGGCACUAAGGGUGGUCCAGGAUUAUCAGGAAGCCAAGGACAUCCCGGAGAUGAGGGUGGACCUGGAGAGAGAGGUCCUCCUGGUGUAAAUGGAACUCAGGGUUUCCAGGGAUGUCCUGGACAGAGAGGUGUCAAGGGUUCUCGUGGGUAUUCAGGAGAAAAUGGUGAGACUGGAGAAAUUGGAUUAGAUGGCAUCAACGGAGAAGAGGGCAAGAGUGGAGUGGCAGGACCUCUGGGAGACAGAGGAAAUCCAGGCAGAAGAGGCCCUAAAGGUGCCAAAGGACAAAAAGGAGAUGGAGGAGAAAUGGGAAUCAGAGGUGACCCUGGUACAAGUGGUAAAGAUAACAGCCAGAGAGGACCUAAGGGAGAACCGGGUGAUGCUGGACCACCGGGAGAACCAGGUGAGGACGGACAGAGAGGAGUCCUUGGAGAACGUGGAAGACUGGGAGGUGAUGGGAGGAGAGGUGCGCCUGGAUCACCUGGAGUUGCUGGAAGGCCAGGAGGUGAAGGUGUGCAGGGAGAGCCUGGUAUUGGAGGAUCUAGAGGUCCACCUGGACCUAUGGGUACCCCAGGAUCUAGAGGAGAAGAUGGAAACCCUGGACCCAGAGGUCCCGGUGGUAAAACAGGUCCCGGUGGAGAAAAAGGUAGAAGAGGAGCUCUUGGUCGCAAGGGAGAGCCAGGAGAGCCGGGACCUAAAGGUGUUGUUGGACCGCUUGGCCCCCGUGGAGAGCCUGGUGAAGAUGGAAGGGAUGGAUUUGGUGUCCCAGGGCCCAAAGGAAGAAAGGGGGAUGAAGGCUUCCCAGGAUUUCCUGGACCAAAGGGAGCAGCUGGCGACCCAGGUUCCAAUGGUGGACCUGGACCCCAUGGAAAACCUGGACAGAGGGGUGUCUCUGGGAACAUUGGUCCAUCAGGACAGAAGGGAGAAGAUGGAUAUCCAGGGCCCUAUGGCCAGAAAGGACCGAGAGGACCAGGUGUUGUGCAAUGUGACCUGGUCAAGAAGAUCAGAGAAAACUGCCCUUGCUGUUCCGGUCAGCAGGAAUGCCCACUAUUUCCCACUGAGUUGGCCUUUGCCCUGGAUGUUUCACAGGGAGUUUCACCCACAGCCUUCAACAACAUGCGGGACACCGUUCUGCGCAUAGUCAGAGACAUUACAAUAUCAGAAAGCAACUGUCCAAGAGGAGCUCGUGUUGCUGUGACCCUGUACAACAAUAAAGUUAUUACAGAAGUUCGAUUCGCUGACGCGCUAAAGAAACGUGCUUUGCUGCAGCGCAUAGAGGGCCUGCAAAACCCAGUGACAGGCCAGCAGCGCAGUCUAAACACGGCCAUGAGUUUUGUGGCCCAGAACACCUUCAAGCGAGUGCGCAGCGGCUUUCUCAUGAGAAAGGUUGCAAUCUUCUUUGUUGGUGGGGAAGCUGGUCAGGCACAGGCACUUACUAACGCAGCCCUCCGCCUCCAUGAUGCUGGAAUAGCCACUCUGUUCUUAGUCGGUCGUGAGGACAGAGCACUGAGACGAGCACUACAGUUCAACAACACAGCAUUGGGCCAGGUGAUUGUCCUUCCCAACGCAGGAAGUACACAGUAUACUUCAGUUAUCCAGAAGGUUAUGAACUGCCACGUUUGCCUUGAUGUCUGCUCACCGGACUCCAUGUGUGACUAUGUGCCUGGUCUGGCUGGCCGAGACAGGAGAUCUUUUACCACAGACGUGGACAUCGACUUGGCUUUCAUGUUGGACAGUUCUGAAUCAACAUACCCAACAGUUUUCACAGAGAUUAAACGCUACAUAGCGCACAUGGUGGAGCAUCUUGAAGUGUCUUCAAAUCCCAUAUCCUCCGUUAACCAUGCUAGAGUCUCAGUGGUCCAACAGGCACCCUAUGAGUACCUCCAAAACAAAACGGGAUCUCCCAUACAUGUGGAUUUUGGACUUACUGAACACCAGUCGGCUCAGGAUAUUGUCAAGUACCUGUUGGAGAAGACACCACAGUUAGAGGGUGGCCGAGCACUGGGAGCAGCUAUUGAAUCAACAGUGGAGGAGGUGUUUCAGAAAGCCCCACUCCAACGUGACAGGAAAGUACUUGUACUCUUUGUAACAGGAAGUGUAGAAGAAGAAGAGGAGCAACUGGUGCGUAUUGCCACUGAGGUCAAGUGCAAUGGCUUCUUCUUGGUCAUCAUGGGUGUGGGUGACAAGCUGAGCGCUGGAGAUGCUCGUGUCCUGUUUCGCAUGGCCAGUGAACCAUCAGAUGUCUUCUUCAAGAGGCUGGACAGCAUUUCACACUUUUAUGACAAACACCUCCUGACAUUUGGUCAACUCCUUCCAAAGUACAUCAGCAUUGAAAAUGCUUUCUAUAUGUCACCUGAAGUGUCCAAAAACUGCAAGUGGUUCCAGGGUGACCAGCCAUUAAAGAACCCUUUCACAUCACCACAGCAAAAAGAAAGAACACACCAGAAACAUCACGAGACCCAUCAAGAAGUUCAUCACAGAAAGCACAAUGAUGGACAUGAACUACAUGUGUCUAACGUCACGUCCAGCAGCUUGAAGUUGCGUUGGAGCAGCCCAGACACCAAAGUUUUAAUCUACUUUGAGAUAGUGGUGACACGUUUGCCACACCAUACCCUGGUGCUGAAGACCAACGUGUCGACCACCGGGAUUUCUGUGGACAACUUAGAAAGCAACCAAUCAUAUCAUGCCGUAGUCACUGGUUACACCUCAGAGGGUCAGGUUGUGUCAAUUCUGAAAGGCAUCAUCACUACCAAAACAGCAGAGCAGAAACCAGCGAGCCAAAGCAACACUGGAGUGAAUACACCACCGAUGGCAAAGCCAGAAACUGUUAAUGAAUUGGCAGACCCUUGCUCACUUGACUAUGACCCUGGAAUGCCAUGCAAAGACUAUCAGGCUAAAUGGUUCUUUGACAGAAAGAAUGGGAUCUGUACACAGUUCUGGUAUGGAGGUUGUGGAGGCAAUGAAAAUAGGUUCAACACCGAGACCCUUUGCUUGAAACACUGCAUGAGGUCAGUGCUGGAACCUCAGGCAAAGGUGCAGCCGGUUGAACAAGUGGCAUCCCUCCCAGAUCCUGCCUCCUCUACUGUUGUGGACAUUUGCCAGCUUCCCAAAGAAGAAGGCGCGUGUGCCAAAUUUGUCCUCAAAUGGCACUAUGACGCUCCCAGCAAGAGCUGCACACGGUUCUGGUACGGGGGCUGUGGUGGAAACCACAAUCGUUUCGACACAUAUGAGCAGUGUGUGAAGGCCUGUGGAAAAACAGCACCUGUCCAACAAGGAACAAUGGCUGCAAUAAGAACAUAGGACAGGAGUGACACACAUGGUCGGUUUUACCUCCGCAUAGGGGAUUCUGAGGAAAACCUGUUACAACGGCCAUAAUGUUAGAAUUCAACACAAAAGCAAUGGUGGCUGCACUGGAUUCCACAAUAAUGGACUAUCCCCAAAGUUCUUGAAGUAGUGUUUUUACAACAGGAAGGAAGGCAACACAGUUUGCUGCAUGAUUCGUUUUUACCUACUGGUGCUACAUAGUAUAUGUCUUUUAACAAUGAUGUUGUGCAUUCAGUUUUGUAAAAUGUCACAUUUUCUGGAACAUCUUGUGAAUUAUCAUAGCUCAAAAUGCAGUUUGUUAAUUAAAAACAACAUAUAUGAAUAUCUUGGACAGAUGUGAGCAAUGAAUCAUUACACGCAGGACUGACAUCAUUAAGUAGUAAUCUUUUUUAUAUUUUUUUCUCUUUUUCCACAUUCACGUAAGUUCAUUGGUUUUUAUGUCACAAUGUUCUAAUGUUUAAUCAUUCAUUCACUAUUUUUCAGUAACAUAAUUCACAACAAUGAUUACACAAGGAACGUGUGUAUUGCAGAAGAUGCAGAAACAUAAAAGUAAAACAAAACGCACAUCUGGAUACACUGCUCAAACACACUAAUCUUUCUGGUUAUGAGAAAUGGAAUGUACAUGUCGAGCUGUUUUUUUGUUUUGUUUUACUGAAAUUUAUGUCUCGUCAGGCUAUUGGAGAAAUAAAAAUGAAUUAGACUUUCUAAUAAACAUGAGCAACCGAU